AUGAGCACGUCUUCCAGUGUUCGUCGGAAUGGAUAUCCAGCGCAGGCCCGGCCUUCUGCAAGCAGGGCGGCUCCCGCUGCGAACGGCCGAGCACCAACAGAAGCGCAGGCUCUGCGCCCCAACCGAGAUCUGGGCACAGCCAGAUCCGCUCCUGCGUUGGGUGUGCAACCUUCGUCUUCCACUGCAGAGGCAAGUCGCGCAAAGCAGAAGGCGAAGCCAAAACCAAAGGCGAAGCCAAAGACGCUUUCCAUCGACGAAGACUUGCUGCCGAUCCCGCACGGCUUGCUAUGUGUGAUUUGCAGGGACCCUUUCAAGGAUCCGGUCUUCACCGAAGACGGCCACUCGUACUGUCGUGGAUGCAUCUUGGGUUGGUUCGGCGCUCAUGAUUCCAGGGUCCGCGAAUUCUAUGAAGUGCCUGCAAACAUUGCGCCUCACAGCAGGAAGAUGCCGCCAACACUCCUCGCUCCUAUGACGCAGCUUCCAUUGACCAGCCGCACGCUGCAGCCAAACAUCGCGUUGAAGCAGGCAGUGGAGGCCUUCCGGUCCGAGCGACCGGCUGAGGAGGCACGUGAGCGGGAGCGUCGCCAGCUGCUGCAGAAGGUCGAGGAAGCCAAAGCUGCUGAGGGGGACCUCAAGUCAAACUUCAAUCAGGAGCUGCAAGCUCUUCAUGGCAAAAUGCAGGAUCUGCAGGAUCAGCUCGGGCAGGCGAACGUCGAUCUCCAAGCAGCCAAGGAGGAAGCGGUGAAACUUCAGGAGAAGGCAGAGGUCUGCGCAGGAGAUGAUUUCGAUGACUUGGAAUAUGAGCUUGCGCAGCUGGAGUCAGAGUUCGGCAAAGAGAGCGCAGAGGAGCUGGGACUCGUUCGACUUCCGUACCACACAGAGAUUCCUGGCCAAAGGCCCAAAUUCAGCCGUCCACGAUCUCAAUCAACCUAG